AAGGCCGCGUAGAGGUAUAUCAUCAAGGAGAAUGGGGCACAAUUUGUAACAAUGGUUGGAAGGAGAAUGUCAAUAAUAUGAAUGUUGUGUGCAAACAACUGGGCUUAGAACAAGGUCGUGCGCUCAAUAAGGAAUAUCCAGGAACUGGACGUAUUUGGUUAGAUGGCGUCGCUUGUAAAGGGAACGAAGCAACAAUUAUGGAUUGUCCAAAAAACACUAUAGGUGCUGCAAAUUGUAGACACAGUCAAGACGUGACAGUGAAGUGUGAUGUGUGUAAGAAACCUAUCGUGUCCGCAGAUCUCAAUCUAGUACAUGAUUGGUCGUUCAGUGCUCCAUCAUCAAGUCCAAAUAAACCACCAAAUCAUGCACGUCUUAAAUCAACUUCAGCCUGGUGCCUGCCUGACGCCGUCAACAUACACUAUACGAACUACCUUGAGAUCGAAGUGCCACGACUAUUCCUUGUGUCAGCGGUCGCUACUUUGGGAGGAACAAACAAUGCCGAAUACGUGACAUCAUACAGAUUGAUGUUCAGUCUCGAUGCUAACACUUGGAACAACGCAACUGUAAACGGCGAAAAGAUCAUCGCAGGAAACACAGCAUCUGGAAAUGAAAACAUUCAAAUAAGAUCUCUAGACAGUGCAGUUAGAGCCAAAUUUAUUCGCUUUAUCCCACUGGGUUGGGGAGGUAUUGCCUGCAUGAGGGUGGAAAUUUGCGGAUACCAACUCCCACAUUAUCCGACAGUAUUAAUACAAGAACAAGCGAGAUCAGCUGUGCUCACGUGGUCCGCACCAAACCCAGGAGAUGAACCAAUCACAAAGUAUCACAUUAGGUAUUGGAAGAGCAAAUAUUUUAAAUCAACAUCUAUGGUGUUCAAAAGUACGUUUACAUCAAGCAUGGUCAUGCACAACCUCCUCCCCUACACGAAAUAUCGCGUAGAAAUCUCAGGAGUUAGUCAACUUGGCGAGGGCUUGCCAAGAGUGAGUCAUUUCAGAACUCUCGCGUCAGCUCCAACAGGAUCGCCAACUCAAAUUUCAUUUAAGUUUUUGAGUGAUAAAUCCUUAAAUGUAUCUUGGUCACCACCACAUGAAGAAAGUAGAAAUGGAGUCAUAAUUGCAUACAUCAUCUGCUUUCCAAAGAAAAAUAAACAAUGUGAUAAACGUACAACGGUACCAGGCUCCCAAACAUGGUAUGUGUUAAGAGGUAAAUUCCAAAGAGAAACAGUUGUGGAAAUUCAGGCACAAACAAUAAAAGGAGUUGGUCCUGCAGGAAGAGCCACAAGCGGAGUAUUGAAAUAUACGCCAGCAGAAAAAGUUGCAAUCUCUCUCAUCAUUGCAAUAACAUGUGGCUCUGUCUUCAUCAUUCUCGUUGUCAUAGUAAUCCUCGCUGCUAAAGGGAUCAUACUUAAAAACUUUGUCGCCAAUUUAAGAAAACUGACAAGCUCCAAGAUCACAUUGUCAACAGAAUACCAGUCUGGUAACAAAAGGAAUCAGAACAAAACAGACGAAAUCGAUGGCAUAAGCAAUAAAGAGGACAUCUACAACCAUCCAAUAACAAUCAAUGACAUAAUCAAUGAACAGGAUAUCUACGACCAUCAAACGACGACGGAGAAUUUAUAUGGGACACAUUUGGACAUUGACAAUGAAAGGUUAAACACAAACAACGAGAAUAUUUAUGAUUCCGGCGUCGAUCCUUUAUACAUCUCCAACAAUAAAAUAGCAUUUUCACACCUAAAGCCGCAAACAAAUCAAGCAGCAAAGCCUUAUAGCACACUAAAUCCUGAAGAAGCCAUUUAUACAUUAGAUGAGCAGGUUGUGAAUAUGUCAACAGAGACUGAGAAUAUUACUUAUGUUUAGAUAUUUAAACAGUUAUAACUGUAUGGUAUGAAUGUAAGGUCAACAUCUGUAAAACAAAAUUAAUUACAAAGCGGAAUCUUGUGCAAAUAAUCGCAGAGAAACA